UGUGAUUUGUGAAGUAAUGAGAGUAUGUAUCAGUUAAUGAAAGCUGCUAUCCUGGCUUCAUAAUGCACACUGGAAUUGCUUCAGGAUAAAGCUUCAUAUACCUGCAUUACAGCAGGAAAAAAAAAAAAAAGUAAAUUUCAGAAGUCCAGAUUGCUGUGUGCACUGUAGAAGUAUCAUGUAGCAGUCAAAUCAACCAUUAGGGGUGACCUAAUCUUGAUUUCCUCCCCCCUCCACACACACACACACACUCUCAAGGAGUUGUGAUUUUCAUGCUGCUUGUAUUCUUUCCACUUUUUAAAACCUGCACUAGGAAAUGCAGAAUACCAACUUGCCCACCUUUCUGGCUUAUUUUGGGGACUUGUUUUGGCCUGGAGGGAGUUGUGUUUUAAGCAGCCUCUCCCUCCCUUACCGAAGUUGGGCUGCAUAAAGCCCCUUCGGCCCCUGUGCUUUGUAAAGGGACAGCUGAGCCCAUCCAAGAAAAUCUAUGGGUUAGCUGGGCACCACCACAAUUUUCCAACACAGGAAGACAAAAAGCCUUAAUUUAAAAAAAAAAAAAAAAAAAAAAAAAAAAAAAAAAAAAAACAAGUUGAUGUUAUUAUUUUCGUUCCCACCACAGACGAGGGGAUUACAGUGCGAAUGGUCGAGACCCACAGAGUCACACACACAGCUUUUUAAAAAAAAAAAAAUUUUUUUUUUUUUUUUGAAGAGCGGAUUCUCAGCGGGUGCAGGAGCGGGGCAGCGCAUCCUCCGCCGCCGCGCAGCGCCGCGCCCGGGGCCCGCGGGGAGCGGGGGCACCGGCCCCUGUGCUCCGGCGGGGCGCGCGUGUGUCUGUGCGUGUGUCUGUGCGUGUGCCCGCCCGCCGGGGCUGUGCGGGGGUGUGUGCCGUGUCCCUGCCCGCCCGUGGGCGCGCCGGGAGCGCCGCCGCCGCCGCUGCCCUUUGAUCCCGGCGUUAGUGUUAGUUAGGGGCCGGCAGGAGCGCGGGGCGCAGCCCUCGGCACCGCCGCGCCAGCCCUCACCCCGGCACGGCGCCCGGCGCCCGCCCGCCCGCCGGGAACACAUCCCCGGCCGCUGAGGGAUACUGCGACCGGGGACAAGCCAGGAGGAGAAUGUGAAAAAAGGGGGAAAAUGCCCAGGAGGAAGCAGGAGCAGCCCAAGCGCCUCUCUUCACAUGGUACCAGACAGGAGGAAGGGGACGGUGAGCUCAGUGAAGAAGAACGCUGGUUUGGGACUUCUUCAGAAACUCCUUCGGAAGCAUCGUAUGGAGAAGUGCAGGAGAACUUUAAGUUGUCUCUUGAGGACAGGAUUCAGGAGCAGUCCACCUCGCCCGACACCUCUCUGGGCAGUGCGACCCCGAGCAGCAACACCGCGGAGCUGGGAUCCCUGGAGAGCGAGGCACUGAGAGACCCUCUGCAGAGCAAGGAGCUCCUGUCUCCAGACGUGUCCUCCCUGGGCGAGGAGGAGCCUCCUGGGCCAAACAAGCCCCUGAGCAGUAACCUGAGGCGGCUGCUGGAGGCCGGCUCCCUCAAGCUGGAUGCUGCCGCUACGGUCAACGGCAGGGUCGAGUCCCCCGUGAGCCUUGGCUCAAACAUCUCCUUCUCUCCCCCUGCUCACCAUGCCCAGCAGCUGAGCGUGCUUGCCAGAAAGCUUGCUGAGAAACAGGAACAAAGUGACCAAUACAAUGCAGGCACUCACUUUAUAUGGAAUCAAGGUAAGUGGUUGCCAAACUCAACCACCACCUGUGGUUUGUCCCCUGAUUCAGCUAUCCUGAAGCUGAAAGCUGCAGCCAAUGCUGUUCUGCAGGACAAAUCUUUUUCCAGGACUGAAGAAACGAUAAGAUUUGAAUCCUUUUCCUCGCCUUUUAGCUCUCAGUCAGCCAGCUCCACGUUAGCAGCUUUAUCUAAGAAAGUGAGUGAGAGAAGCAUGACUCCUGGGCAGGAGCACCCGCCCCCAGCCAGCUCCUUCCUUUCCCUGGCUUCCAUGACCUCUUCAGCUGCUCUUCUCAAGGAGGUUGCUGCAAGGGCUGCAGGCACCCUCCUGGCUGAGAAGAAGAAAUCACUGGUUCCCGAGGAUCCCCUGCAGCUUUCAGAGAUGAAACAGGAGAAAGCAACUCCACCACAGUCUUUGGAAUUACUGUUACUACCAGUGCCGAAGGGAAGGGCAUCCAAGCCCACUAGUACAGCCUCAGAAGAAGAAGGGGGGAAGCCUUUCCAGUGUCCCAUCUGUGGUUUGGUCAUCAAGAGGAAGAGCUACUGGAAGCGGCACAUGGUGAUCCACACGGGGCUCAAGAGCCACCAGUGCCCGCUCUGCCCCUUCCGCUGCGCGCGCAAGGACAACCUCAAGUCACACAUGAAGGUUCAUCAGCACCAAGACAGGGGUGAGACCUUCCAGUGCCAGCUGUGCCCUUUCACCUCCUCCCGCCACUUCAGCCUGAAGCUGCACAUGCGCUGCCACCAGCAUUUCCUCAGGACAGAGGCUAAGGUGAAGGAGGAGAUGCCGGAGGCGGAGGUGAAGGGGUCCCCACAGCUGAGCAGCGAGCCCUGCCCGGGAGCACCGAGGGAAGGAGCGGGCCCGGAGCCCGCGGGCUCGGCCUCGCUGUCCCAGAGCCCCGAGGGCGCCGCGGGGGCGGCCCCGCCGCUGCUGCUGAAGGACGAGCCCCAGGACGACACGGGCGCCUCCGCUGCGCCCUUUGCUCUCAGCACGGGUGACAGAGCCCCAAACAACACAAAGAUGAAGGACUCCUCUGACUUCGUGGCCAACACAGCAUCGGCACUGUUCAGCCAAGACAUCUCUGUCAAGAUGGCAUCAGAUUUCCUAAUGAAGCUCUCAGCUGCAAAUCAAAAAGAGCCCUUGACUCCUAACUUUAAAGUGAAAGAGGAGCCGAAGGAUGAAGAGGCUGGAGGUUCAGCCGUGUCUCAGCCCAGCUUUGUGUUCAGCCAAGAGUCUGAAGCCUCAGCACCAAACAUCCCUGAAGAGAAACUCAAGCCACAAGAGCCACAGGCCAAUGUGAUGAGGCAGGACAUGUCAGUCAAGGCAGCAUCUGAGCUCCUCAUGAAGCUCUCAGCCGAGAGCUCCAAGGAGGCACAGAUGGUGCAGAUCAAGGAGGAGCCGAUGGAAGUGGAGAUCCCCGGCACGGCGGCGGCGCCGCGGCAGCCCAGCCCCGGCUACGGCGCGCUGCUGGGGCCGCCCGAGAGGAGCCUCUUCAGCCAGGACAUCUCCGUGAAGAUGGCAUCAGAGCUGCUCUUCCAGCUCUCAGAAAAGGUGAGCAAAGAGCACAACCACAACAAAGAUAACACCAUCAGAACUACAGCCAGCCCUUUCUUUUCUGAAGAUACGUUUAGACAAUCACCGUUCACUUCCAACUCAAAAGAUCUCCUGCCCAGCGAAGCUGCUCUUCAUGGAAGGACGUCUGCACCAGACACGGAGAAGCUGGGGCUGGAGGUGGGGAAUGGAUUGCCAUCGUGGAAGUUCAGUGACCAGCUGUUUCCCUGUGACGUGUGUGGGAAGGUGUUUGGCCGGCAGCAGACGCUGUCCCGGCAUCUCUCGCUGCACACAGAAGAGAGAAAAUACAAGUGCCACCUGUGCCCCUACGCUGCCAAGUGCCGCGCGAACCUGAACCAGCACCUGACGGUGCACUCGGUGAAGCUGGUGAGCACCGACGCCGAGGACAUCGUCAGUGCCGUCACGGCCGAGGGCGGCGACGGCAGGAAGCACCCCUACUACUACAGCUGCCAUGUGUGUGGGUUUGAGACGGAGAUGAAUGUCCAGUUUGUGAGCCACAUGUCCCUCCACGUGGACAAGGAGCAGUGGAUGUUCUCCAUCUGCUGCACGGCGUGCGACUUCGUCACCAUGGAAGAGGCAGACAUGAAGGCUCACGUCAGCAACAAGCACACAGCUGAAGAGAGGAAGACCCCCAGUGAAUCUAACAGUCCAUCUUCAUCUUCACUGUCAGCCCUGAGUGACUCCGCCAACAGCAAAGAAGAUGCAGAUGUAACCCCAAAAAACAAGGGGUCAAACAACCUGCUGGUCAUUUCUGUAGUGCCUGGUAGCCAGACCUCAGUGAACACUGAAGAGAAGUCAGAGAAAGUCUUUGAAUGUGUUUUCUGUAACUUUGUCUGCAAAACAAAAAAUAUGUUUGAGCGUCACCUGCAGAUCCACCUGAUCACACGGAUGUUCGAGUGUGACGUGUGCCACAAGUUCAUGAAGACACCUGAGCAGUUACUGGAGCACAAGAAAUGCCACACUGUCCCCACCGGUGGGCUCAAGUGCCCGUUCUGCAUCUACUCCACGAACCGCCCCGCGGCCAUGGAGUGCCACCUGAAGACUCACUACAAGAUGGAGUACAAGUGUCGGAUCUGCCAGACAGUGAAAGCCAACCAGCUGGAGCUGGAGAUGCACAUCCGAGAGCACCGCCUCGGCAACCACUACAAGUGUGACCAGUGUGGCUACCUGUCCAAGACGGCCAACAAGCUGAUCGAGCACGUGCGCGUCCACACCGGCGAGCGCCCCUUCCACUGUGACCAGUGCAGCUACAGCUGCAAGCGCAAAGACAAUCUCAACUUGCACAAGAAACUGAAGCACGCUCCACGCCAGACCUUCAGCUGCGACGAGUGCCUGUUCAAGACUACCCACCCCUUUGUCUUCAGCCGCCACGUGAAGAAGCACCAGAACGGGGACUGCUCCGAGGAGGAGAAGAAGGGCCAGUACUCAACCUCCAAGGAAGCCAGUCCGCUCCUGCCCGUGAGCAGCCCCAGGAACCUCCUGUCACCCCUGUCAGUCAUGUCUGCCUCCCAGGCUCUGCAGACAGUGGCUCUGUCAGCUGCGCACGGCAGCGGGGCAGAGCCAGACCUGGCCGUGAAAGCCUUGGCCGUCAACGGCGCUUCCCUGUGCUUUGACAAAUACUGGAACUCAGAGUUUGCCCACCUUAUUCCUUUAACAAUGUUUUUCCCCAAGAACCACUACGAUGUCACAUUCCAUCCACCCAGACCUCAGACUGCACCGGGAGGUGCCUCUUCACCUAAACACUCCUUCCUUGCCUACCUUGGACUAACAGAAAGGGCAGAAACUGUCUGAGGGCAGUUGCAUUCUGUACCAAAAAUCCCCCACAAACCCAGCAGGUUAUACAUUGCUGCAAAACGUAGCCCCAAGAGGUAACGAACACUUGUACUAUAUCAUUAGUAAGGUUUAGCAAAUGGCUCUGUGUGUAUACUUAUUGCAUUGACAUGAAAGCUGCUUUAUUAAAUCUCCAAGAGGUGACCUACUGCAUACUUCUACCUUCAGAGGCAUGUUCCCAGUACUCUUAUCUAAGAAACUAUUUUGUCUUGUUAAGCUGAAAAAAAGAGUGUCCUUAUUGGCAAUCAGCACUUGUAAGAUGACAUUGAUGCAUUUUAUUUUUGGGCUUUGUGUGCGUGCGGGUGUGUGGAAGAGAGGCUGCCUGUGGCGUGCCAUGGCACUGCUUUUGCACAUCCCUUGGAUUGGCUAAUUGAAUCAUCUUCCUUCUCCCCCUUCACUCCCUGCCUGCCUUCCCCCUGACUGUGGAGCUGUAGGAGCGAUGUUUGGGGCGGGGCAGGGGGAGAACUGGUGCAUUAUUUCAGUGCUGUUUGCAGCUUCCUUUACUUGUCUGAUGCCUUGUGUUCAGUUGUUUGAGGGUUUGGGUAGAACUGGUGAGGGACAAAAGUUGCUUUCAGCACUGCAGGAUGAGAGCAUGACAAUGAAGAGAGUGUGUAUGUGCACACACACAGCAGGCCCAGGUCUGAGCUCUUACACAGGUGUGACAAACACCUGCCUCUGGGCCAUAGCAUACAUCUUUUGUUUUAAAAGGGCAUAUAAAUAUUAUAUAUAUACUGUAUUAUGCAGUGGUUACCUUUUAGUUUGCAGGAACAACUUGUAUAACUAGAAUUCUAUGGUGGGAAAAAAAAUCCAACAAGGGGAUUUAAAAAAGGGUAUGGAUAAAUUCUGGGUAUAAAUACUCAGACUAAAAAAAAAAGGCAGUUUUGCACAGUGCUUUAGUCUUGCACUAGUUUGUUUCUCACUUGCAAAAAAAAAAGGAAAAAAACAUAUUGUGGGCUGAAGUUAAUAAGACUGUUUAUUUGAAAAGGUACCAGUAACUUCUUUGAAAUAUAAAGCUAUAAAAAGAUGCUUUUGGAACCAUAAAGUUCUCUUUUAUACCCUCAAUAUUUCAAUUGCAUUUGCAAAUUUGACAGUCCUUUUGCUCCCCUCCAUGUCAUCAGUAAUACUUUAUUCCUUUCUGUUGAUGGCAGAUAGAGUGUGUCCUGCUAGGAAGCUAACUUUGUACUUAUUUAAUGCUCCUACUUGUGGUCAUUAAAAUGACAUGUUAUAUGUAGCACUUUAUUGCAGGAAGAAGCAAAUGCAGAUUGGUUGUGUAACCUUUGUUAAUCUCAAAAUGCCAAGAGUGAUCUUAAUGCAAGAGAAGCUAACUGACUGUUAACUGAUUUCUGUUCCUUAGACAACUGCGGGAAGAAAGAUUGGGAUUAAAAGCACUCUGUUUUACAAUUGGAAGUAUAAAAUGUGAAACAUUUCCAAAUGAUCUUGUGACGUGCAGGAAUGCCUUCAUACUGAAUUCUUGUUUUCCGUGGUGUCUCUUGAUUUGGAUCUGGCUGUCUUUUCCCAGCUGUUGGACUGUCUGACCUGGCUUUUGCCACAGUCCCCCCCUGUCCCUUGGCCAAGCCCCUGUAGGAGGUGCUCUGAGUCACAUCCUCAUGCUGUCCACCCAGCCUGGUGCUGUCCUGAAGGACCUUCCUCUGCAGGUUGCUGUGGGAUGGGGAUCCAAUCCCCUUGUUUGUGACAGCAGGAAAGCAACAACCCAGGUCAGGAAGGCAUUCCUUGUCCACAAGGGUGCUCAGCCACAGGGACAAGUAAAAAUGUAACUCAAUCUUCAUUAGUUCCUAAAUGAAGCUUGUGUAGAAAGUCCUUCUGGAUGCAAAACUUGCAUCACUUUAACCUCUUUGCAAGAUUCCUACAUUUGUUUUGUACUGACAUGGCCAAACAUUCUGCAGUGUCAUGACCAAAUUCCUCCUGUUUGUGGAGGACAUCCUAACCUGCGCACUCCUGUUACCACUCUGCAAGCUACUUACAAGGGGGAAAUACCCAAAAUCACAGCAGGUUAUUACUUGGCAUUAUUAAUUACAGAAGGAGAAGUCUCACCUUUUGUUCACAUUCCAGCAGACGGUUUUGGUUCUAAGGAGCACUUGGCGGUUCUGUCUCUGCAGUGAAGAAAACCCUUCUGCUCCAAACUGCACGUAAACCCUUGGAAACAACUCACCUGCUCAGGGCCCUGCUCGCCGUGCUUUACUCCAUCAGAGCCCCUGCUCACACCUCCCUGGCAGUACAGACAAAAUAGAAAAUGCUGUUUUGGUAAGUACUCAGAGCGUAAAAUCGUUCCUAUCUGGGCAGCAGGAAAUCUGCAGUCUGUAUCCAGCAGCUCUACCAGUUCUGUAAAACACUCCACAGCACAGAGAACCAAACACUGCAAGCAAAAAGCUUGUUUUCCACACCCACUACAGGUACAGCACAGCUGCCCAGGAGGAAGAAGAAGGAGGAAUGUUCUAACAGUAGGUUACUGUAUCUAACCCAGUUUAACUGGGGCUGGAACUUCCAGGAAUGAGCUGCCCGCAGGCCCCCGCACGUGUUUUGGCCAUGUUCCACUGCACCACUACCUGACCUGGCAGUGCUUAGUGUACCUGGGAAAUUUGUUUAGCACUUUGGAAAGGAUAAACUCAUUCUUUCUGGCAAGUUAUAGAAGUUUUCUCUGUAAGGAAACGUGUGUUAGGAGGUUUUUAUUUUUUUAAGAAAAAAAAAUACACUAUUUAUCAGAGCUCUUGCAUAUUAAAAGAAUUUGUUUGCAGUUCAAUACUAAAGACAGGAAUGUUCUCCAGAGGUUCCCCCUGCUGAUAAAUGACCAACAGUUCUGAUAAAUUCCCCCCACCAUAAAGGCAAUUUCAUACUGGUUUUCACUAUGCAUUCUUUAAUGAAAGCUGGCGUGUUUUUCCAUUCAGUAAUUCAGUUAAAGUUCUCAGCACCUUUUACUUUUUUUUUUUACUUGUUGUAUUAUGUUCAAAUAUCAUUCUGUCAAGGUUUGUGUACAUUAAUAAAAAUUUGUAUUGUAUAAAGCUUUUUGCAUUAUAAGGCUGUACAGGGUCAUUUUGACAGUAACUGGUAUAUUUCUUUGCAUCUUAUGUUGCAUUGCCAAUUUCUAGUGUAUCCAGUUUGGAAGUACAAUAUACUCAAAUUAAAAAGGUUGGCUA